AUGUCAGAGAGUGCAAAGUUUCUGGAACAGGUUGCAAAAGACCUCGGGAAUGACAAACCAGCUGAAGUUAAAGAAGAACCAGUAAAGUCAUUAGACCCAUUAGAAGAAUAUAAACGUUUACAAGAUUUAAGGUCCGGUGGUCGUUAUGUUCCACCUGCUAAGCUCAAAGCAUUAUUAGAUCAAAUAAAUUUGGCAAAGGGGUCAAAGGAAUAUCAGAAAUUAGAAUGGGAGAAGUUAAAGAAAAAUAUCAAUGGUCUUGUCAAUAAAGCUAAUAAAGCUAACCUUAAGACAAUCGUUGUUGACUUAUUCAAAUUGAAUCUUAAUAGAGGUCUCGGUCUACUUAUAAGGAGUAUCAUGAAAGCUCAAAGUCAAGCAUUGACAUUCACACCUGUUUAUGCAUCGCUUGUUGCUGUGCUAAACUCAAAGUUACCACAAAUUGGAAGCUUAUUGAUUAGUCGGUUGGUUAUACAAUUUAGAAAAGCAUUUAAGAGAAACAACAAGGCACUUUGUACUUCAUCAACAACUUUCAUUGCACAUCUAUGUAAUCAACAGGUCUCACAUGAAAUCUUAACGUUACAAAUCCUUCAUCUUUUGUUAAACAAUCCUACUGAUGAUUCUGUUGAUAUAUCAGUUGGUUUACUUAAACACAUUGGAUUAUUUUUAUCAGAGGUAAGUCCUGCUGCUACAUCAGAGAUAUUUGAAAAAUUAAGAUACAUCCUUCAAGAAGGGAAAGUUGAAAAAAGAACACAAUAUAUGAUUGAAGUAUUAUUUCAUCUACGGAGAGAUGAGUUUAAAGGUUAUGAAAUAAUACCAGAAGGGUUGGAUUUAGUUGAAGAGGAAGACCAGACUACACAUAAAAUUGGACUUGAUGAUAAACUCAAAGCACAAGACGGAUUGAAUGUAUUCCAAUUUGAUGAGAGCUAUGAAGAUCACGAAGAAGAAUAUAAUAAGGUUAGAGUGGAUAUCUUGGGAGAUGAUGAUGAAAACGACGACGAAGAAGAAGGUGAAUAUGAAGAUGAUGAGUAUGCAGAAGUUGUUCAAAGUGAAGAGGAAGGUGAAGAUGUCACUGAAAAACAAGACGAUAUUGCAGCUCUUGAGAUCAAAGAUAUGACUGAAACCAAUCUAACAAAUUUUAGAAAAACCAUAUAUUUAAUUUUGAAAGGUAGUAUGUCUGCAGAUGAAGCUGUUCAUAAAUUAUUAAAACUACGUGUCAAAGUUGAAGAUCAAGAAAAAGUUGUUGAUAUGGUUGUUAAAGCUUGUUCUCAAGAGACAACAUAUUCUAAAUAUUAUGGUGUUACAGGUGAAAAACUUUGUCGUCAAGGUAGAACUUGGAAUGAAGCCUUCAAGAAGAUGUUUGAAGAAAAUUACACUACAAUUCAUAGAUAUGAAUCCAAUCCAUUGAGAAACGUUUCGAAAUUCUGGGGUCAUUUAUUAUCUAGUGACUCACUAGACUGGGAAGCUCUUGAAGUUAUAAAACUUACAGAAAGUGAUACAACAUCUGCUGGUCGUAUUUUCAUCAAGUUUGUUUUUCAAGAACUUGUUGAGGAAUUAGGUAUACCACAUUUAAAAGAAAGAAUAAGUGAAGAAUAUAUCCAACCAUUCCUUAGUGGUAUUUUCCCAUUCGAAAAUGCUGAUCAUUUAAGAUUUUCUAUUAAUUAUUUCACUGCAAUUGGGUUAGGUGUAUUAACCGAACGUAUGAGAGAUUCAUUACAAGACAUUGUAAAUAAACAAAAAGAAGAAGAAGAAAGACGUGGUCGUUCAAGAUCAAGAUCUGGUUCUAGAUCUAGGUCAUACUCAAGAUCAUCAGGUUCAUAUUCCAGAUCUCGUUCAUAUUCAAGAAGCCGUUCAUAUUCAAGAUCAAGAUCAGCCUCAUACUCAAGAUCACCACCAAGAAGAACAUAUUCGAGAUCUAGGUCAGUCUCGUAUUCAAGAUCGCCUCCUAGAAGGAAUUAUUUAAGAUCUAGGUCUCCUUCAUAUUCGAGAUCACCUUCUAGAACACCACCAAGAAGAAGAUACUCUAGAACACCAUCAAGAUCACCUUCAAGGGAUAAUAAGCGUUUUAAAAGAAAUGCAUCAUAUUCAAGAACACCAUCAAGAAGUAGAUCAAGGUCAAGAACUCCACCAAGAAGAUAUUCAAGAACUCCAUCCCCAGGUGUUCAAAGAUCUAUUGAAGGCAGAGAAUAUCAGAGAGAUGAUAGGCCGUAUAACAACUAUAGAGAUGAUGGAUAUAGAGGGAGAGGUGGAUACAAUAGAGGUAGAGGUCGAGGAGGAGGCCAUUGGAGAGGUGGUCGUGGUAAUUAUAGAGGUAGAGGUGGAUAUGUACGUAAUUGA